CGGCUGGCGCGCGGCGGGCGGAAGUGAGGUCGUGGGCUGCGGUGUCUGCGCAGCGUCGGCGGGAGCGGGGGCCGCGGCGAGGCGGGCGGGCGGGAGGCAGCGCGGGCCUAGCGGUCGGCCGCAACCGAGCGUCGUCUGGGCACUGCCCGUCGCCGAGCCCCACGCCGUGCCGGCUCGGGCCGGCGCGCGCCGGUCCCGGAGGCUCAGGCCACCUUCUUGAAAUCAUGAAUCCUGUUUAUAGCCCUGGGUCUUCUGGGGUCCCCUAUGCAAAUGCCAAAGGAAUUGGAUAUCCAGCUGGUUUUCCUGUGGGCUAUGCAGCAGCACCUGCCUAUUCUCCUAACAUGUACCCUGGAGCGAAUCCUACCUUCCAAACAGUGCUGGAGAUUGAACCCAGGGUCUUGCACAUGUUAGGCUACACUCCUGGCACACCUUACAAAGUGUCCUGUUCCCCAACCAGCGGAGCUGUUCCACCAUACUCCUCUUCCCCCAAUCCUUACCAGACGGCUGUGUACCCAGUGAGAAGUGCCUACCCCCAGCAGAGUCCGUACGCCCAGCAAGGCACGUACUACACACAACCUCUGUAUGCAGCACCUCCUCACGUCAUUCACCACACCACGGUGGUGCAGCCCAAUGGCAUGCCAGCAACAGUCUACCCUGCUCCCAUCCCUCCUCCUAGAGGCAGCGGGGUCACCAUGGGCAUGGUUGCUGGGACCACGAUGGCCAUGUCAGCAGGUACCCUGCUGACUGCUCAUUCUCCAACUCCUGUAGCCCCUCACCCGGUCACUGUCCCCACAUACCGAGCCCCAGGAACACCCACCUACAGCUAUGUGCCCCCACAGUGGUGAUUGCCCUGCAAAUUAAUAUUUGAGGAUGGAGCUGUGCAGUCACUUCAUUGAGUUCCACAGCUGGUGCUGCAGGCCUUGUGCCUCCAACCAGGACUUUCUUCUUACCGCUCCGACACUUAGCUAAACAUGACUGCGCCCCAGCCCAGCAGGUCCCAGCUCGCUAGUCUCCAACUAACUCUGGGUUGGUUUUAAAGCAAAUCCUGUUUUGUGGACUGCCUGGCAAAUUUUUUAGCUAACUGUAAUGAUAAAAAGGGAGUAUUCCUCUAUUCUGAAUCAUAUCUAGUUGAAUGCAUGUUUAUAAAAACAAACAAAAACAAAGCUUGCUCAAUCUACCUGCAGUGACUGAUGCAAAACCAUCAUAUGCAAAACCCAAAGGACUGGACCACGCUCACAGCCUGGCCUGUCCCUCAUGCACCUCUGCGAUGUACGCCGAGUCUCAGUUACACUCGUGCAAGGGAUGGGGGGACUGCAGGGGACUCUUAGGGUGCUGGGGUUGCCAGUUAUGGACACAGACUGUAGCUUUCAGCAGCCUGGUUUUUUGGCACUGACUGACUGAUCCUGAAGGGAGCCGCAGGGACUGAGGGGGGAGAGAGCACGCCUGCAGCAGCUCCAGACAGCAGCGGCAGCAGCAGGGAUGAUGGGGUCCCUCUCCUUCAUUUCAGCUGGAGUGUGCUCUGGAGAUCAGGGGUCUACCUGAAGCUUAUCAGGAAAUACAGGAGCUUGGUGACGAGUCCAGCUGGGGUGAGGAGUGGUCUGUGUGUCAGAGCAGGGUCUGCCAUCCGAGUUUCCUCUGUAUGUCUUACAGGAUAAUGUUCUCUGUAUCUGUUGGGACUGUUGGGAAAGUCCACUGUAGAAGUAAACUGUCUUCCUAGGAGGGAAGAUGUCAAAGAGAAGCAGCCACACUGAGGCAGUGUUGUCUUUUGCUUUAUUUUGCUUAGGGAACCAUUCCUUUUUUUCCCCUGAGAAUAACUGAGUCACCUAAAGACAUGGGCACUGCUGUAUUCUCCCACAAAGACUUCAGCUGUGUGCUGUGAAGAGUGUUGUACAUUUAAGACUGGUUACAAGGGAAUAAGUGUAUUUUUAAGUUAGUUCCUCAUGUUUCUUGUAGAGAAGCAGGGCUGUGAUUAUGUCUAAAAAUGUAGAAAUAAUGUAGCCUGUCUUAGGGUCAUUCACCUGAGGACGACCUGCUCUGUGACUAGCGGGGUGAGGUGAAGCCUGUGUAAGCCACUCUCUGCUGUCACUGAAGGCUCUCAGUACCAAGCAGAUGUGGAAAGCAGAAAGGGCCAGGCAGUUCAGGAGUGCUCUUGCUUGGAAGGCUCUGUGGUGGGAAAGAUUUUGAGUGUGUACAUAAGAAAUCACAAAUGUUCUUUCUGCCUGAGUAUGCCCGACUUGAAUCUGUGAGAGUGUUUCUGUUCAGUGCGGGUCAAAGGGCAGGGCACGAGGACCUCCCUGGGGUCUGUCAACUGGGGGUGAGCUUUGUAUCUUUUGUCAGCCCCAUUAAAUUGCUGGGGCUUUAGUUGGAAGGGGUGCUUGUCUCUGGCAGCUAAGUCAGGCCUUCCAUGUUGGUGUAGAGGUUGCCUCAGUAGCAGUCAACUUGGCUAGAGGAUGGGUCACCUGAAUAUGGAACCUUUGGUGACCUUAUUUUUAUAGUAAUGCUCUCCAUAGUUUUUUUUUUUUUUUUUUUUUUUUUUUUUUUUUUUUUUUUUUUGAGAAGUUUAGGAAGGUUACUGCAUGGAUCAGUGUGAACAGAAGAUUCCUCAUUCCUUAUGCCCAUGAACAUAGAAAGUUUAUGGAUGAGUAUGGUUAACUGCCUCGUGAGCACUUAGGAGUGUGUGUGUGUACAUGUGUGUGUGUGCUUGGAUGUGCGUGUGCAUGGGGAGAGGGGUAGCACCAGCAGGCACACCCUGCACAGAGAUAGACACGUUUGCUGGAGCACAUAGCCUGCACCCGUACUUCCAUGUCAGGAUCCCAUCCCUGUGCUGGGUGACUUGCAGGGUUGGGAUUUCCAAGUUUUCUCUGGACUCAUCAGACAGAGGGUGAUUUCUUUAGAACAAAUGUACCUGUGAUUUUCACGUGUUUGAAAAAGUCCCCUUAUCCAUCCCCAACUAAACAUAGCUAUCUCCCUGCCUGGAAAGGGUAGAGUUGUUUGCCUACAGCAGGAAGUUACCGAGUCUUUGAGCCUGUUUGCAGCAACACACAGUGUGUGUAUGCACAGGCCCUGAGUUCUCAAGAGAAAGGGAGGGGCUGAUGCCCUCCUGCUGAUCAUAGCAGCCUCACACACUUGCCCUGGAACUGUUGAAAUGGAGUGACCACCAAACACCUCUGUAGUGUACAACUCGGCUGGGUGGAAAGCUUGUCUGUUUUGAAGCUAUCAGGUCAUCACUAUGGGAUCUGCUGGUGAGAGAUCUUACCAGGUGAAAAUCUGGGUAUAUGGAUGGUAGUGUUAAAGUCACAGGUGGUGACUUUAACAACAUUCAGUUUCAGUAAAAAUAAGGAACAGAAUUGGGUCAGUAUUCUAUUACAUGGCUGUACAGGUAUCCCAAAACAUUGAGGAACAUUCCCAGACAGUGUGCUUUCUGUGAGUGUGACAUUCCUGACUAGAGUCCUUCAGCUGAAUUGACAGAGUCUGAUCCCUGUGGACACUGACAUCGUUGUUAAGGAGAUAUAUAGAUAUAUGUCUAUAUAUCAAGUUUAUUUUCUGCUGCCGUCCCUGAGGCUAGGGGCCUGCCUUCCUCGGCUGCUGCUGCUGCUUGCAGUUUAGAGUUGUGGAGCAUUGGAACCUGUAAGCUCCUUGACUCUGGCGACGCAAACCACCACCAUCAGGAUUGGGUCAGGUAGGCUACAGGCAUGAAGCGGCCUCUGCAACUCUUGUCUCUGUGUUGUGCUCUUCCUCGGAGGAACUGUUGAGUGCCUGUUGGCUACCAGUUGCCAUCCUGAGUAGCAGCUUGUGAGUGUUUUGCAGAGGCAGUGUUUGCGUUGGUUGUUGAGUGUCCUACUGUUUGUUCCUCAGCCAUGCACCUGGCAUGUUUUGUUGUUUGAUGGGACAGAAGGCUGGAGCAGCAGACUGGUUGUUUUACAGUACAGUGAGCGGAAAGUCAGUCUUCAGGAGGGGGAGGCUUGAGCUCCCUGCCUUCUGAUUGGCCCUCUGAGUGUGCCUGUGGUUGGGAGAGGUUGGCAAGCACCAGCUUUACACAUUGGAGCUGCCUCAGAUUUCCUUAGUUCUCCUUCUGAAUAUUGGAGUUUAGUAUUACUGUGGGGCCACCUUCUCUCAGCAGCUGGCAUCUGUACUUGUGGUAUAUCUGGCACUGCCAAGUUGUGCAAGACCUCCCAGGGUGCAGCGGCAAGUGUGGCAGCUACUGGUCCUUUCCUCUGGUGCUUUCUGAGGGUUGCGGAGGGCAGGUGUGUAGUAGAGCUUCCUCUUGUGUCCAGCUCACCUCCCAGGGUUUUACAUUUUCUGAGUUGCUUACUCCUGCCCUGUCGUCUGUGUUUGAUGGAGUGAUGAUGUGGUCUCAGUAGGAACGGUAACAUUGCUUCCCCGUGUCUUAAAGGAGUCUUCUCUUCCCUACCCUCCCUGUUCAUGUGAAGAACAGAAAGCCUGCAGAGUAAAUCUGACUAGAAUCAUGGCAUGGGAGGCAGCAGCUUUUCUGUCCAAGGACUGCAGUAGCUGCUCAUGAGCUGUGAGGGCCUGGUGGGUAUACAGGCAGUUCCCAGGGAGGGCAGUGGGUGCGUCUGGUGCAGACCGUGGGCAGUGUAUAGAGCAGUUGGGACAGACUGGGGGCUGGCUCCCAGCAGGGUUACUGUGGCAGCUGGAGGCCCCAAGGAGCCUGCUAGGCUGUGACCGAACAGAAAAGGUUCUUCUUUUUUUAAACUUUUGUUUUUAAAUACUCUUUUUUACACUGUUGUUGGUACUUUUUUUAUGCUUAAGUCAGCAUUGUCUUCCAGUGUUAAAGGCAUCCCUUGCCUCUUCAUGGAAUUUAUGUGUCAAAACAAAGGAACGGGCAGACUGUCCAUCCCAAGCCAGUUCAAUUAGAUGUAAAUUCAUACUGUUUUAAUUUUUUAUGCAAUCUGAUGAGUAGAUGGGCUCAGAUUUAAAAUCCUUAAAAGCACGUUUAUUGUAACCAGAAUUGUUAUGUAAUUAAUACUGCAGUUUUCAAUAAAGAUUGACUUGUGUUGCAUAUUCUGA